ACCCGGAUAAUGACAUUGUGGCAGCUACUAGUUGUAGUUCUGGUGAACAGUGCUGUCAGUGACGACCGCACUAAUCUAAUCCAUGAUGGGCAGAUAGAUAACGAUGAAGAGGUACCGGUAAUCCAAAUAAAUGUGGAAGACGAUAAAGAAGAACGCGUGUUCACGGCGGAUGAGUUGUCUCAGUACGACGGUUCCGAUGAAACAAAGCCGUUAUACAUGGCUGUAAAAGGAACCGUAUUUGACGUAACUGAAGGAAAAGACUUUUAUGGUCCCGGAUCAGAGUACCAUUUCAUGACAGGCAGAGAUGUUAGCCAUGGCAUUGCCAAAUGGUCAUUUGACCCCAAACACCAUCAUGACAAUUUGGAUGGGUUGACCAAAGAGGAAUUAGAGGAACUCGACAAGAUCUAUCGUGAAGUAUACCUGGCGAAAUAUCCUGUUGUUGGGAUUACCGAGAAGUAUGCUCAACUGAGACGGGAGAAUAUGAUUCAUGAUGAAUUUUAGCUGUUUCUGACAUGUUGGCUGCCUAACAUAGACUGCAUUAUAACAACUUAGUCAAAUUUGUGUAUUCACACAUCUGGUCCAAUAUUCAGAAAGACAUUUUAGUAGAGAGACUGUAAGACUGUAAACUGUGUGGAAGGCUAAGUGUUAGCAUGAAAACUUAAGAUCAUGCUCAAACAUUGCAUUAGUGCCAACAAACACAAUUGAAUAAAUGCCAGCCAACAAUUCAUGGCUUUAGAUAA